AUGACAGCUGCGAAGGACUCGUAUAGUAAAUUGCAAACAGACGACCCAAUCAGAAUUGCAAUUCCCGAGUACAACUAUCGACAAGGCGAACGAAAGACCGCACUGUAUGAAGGUUCUGGAUGGUAUAUUCCGUCGGAACGAAGAUGGGAAUCAUACGAUCAACAUCAUGAAUUGCCUCGCCUGAGUCGACGUGACGCAAUCGAUUUUGCAAACGAAAAAGAUUUUGUAAACUUCUUGAAAAAGAGAGAUGUUCCAAAAUGGAAGAAGAUCACUGCACACAUACCAUCUUGUCCGCCAUCCGUCAAAUGGAAUGGACAUCAACGUAUUGCGCACAAUGAGCUGGAGAACACCUGCCAAUAUCAUACUGAAACGAGACCGCUAUGGGACGGUCCGGGAUACUACGGUUAUUAUCAAGAAAUUCUUGACAGACUGCGAAAAGGCGAGUGUCGUCGAUUUGCAAGGCAAGGCAAUAUUGGCUAUCCAUAUUUCACUCAUCAAACAUACUUUUGA